AUGGCGAUAGCACUAAAGAUCAACCCUGAGGAGAUGAAGAAGUUGUUUGACGAUGAUUUAGGACAGAUAAUGAGGAUGAAUUACUACCCUCCUUGUCCACAGCCCGACCAAGUUAUUGGUCUGAGUCCACAUUCAGACUCUACAGGAGUCACCAUCCUUUUGCAGGUUAAUGAAGUCGAAGGUCUCCAAAUCAGGAAGAAUGGCAGGUGGGUUUCGGUUAAACCUCUCCCAAAUGCAUUCGUUGUCAAUGUUGGAGACAUGAUAGAGAUAGUAACGAAUGGGACGUACCGAAGUAUAGAGCAUCGUGGGGUUGUGAACUCAGAGAAAGAGAGGAUUUCUAUAGGGACGUUUCACAAUAUGGGAACGGGUAAAGAAGUUGGUCCGUUGAGAAGUCUUGUGGAGAGGCAUAAGGCUUCGUUUUUCAGAAGCAUGAGCACUGAUGAGUAUUUCAAAGGCUUGUUCUCACGUGAGCUUGGUGGAAAAGCUUACCUUGAUGUUAUGAGAAUCUAA